CAACAAAGCAGUUCUUGUGCAUGCUGUGAAUGGACGACAUUCAUUACAGUUAGUGCAUCAGAACUGCAGCUAAUUGUCUGUGUUUGUGCAUCUGCCAGAACACUGGAGCAUGAGUAAACAUGAAAGAAGCAGAUUUGUGGAGCAGCUGUUGAAGGACGAGCUUGAGGCUGUGGCUCUGGGACUGGAGCAGGGAGACUAUGCUUGGGAAGAGAUUGACCUGCCUCAUGAUUCACAGGGCUCCACUCCUCUUAUCAGUGCCUGCAGGACGGGUCUUACUAGGGUUAUGCAUUUCCUUCUGAAAAGAGGAGCCGAUGCUACACUGUGUAACAGUAGCAAUCAGACAGCUCUUCAUGUUAGUCAACCAGCACUCCAGGGGGAGCUGUUGACGGCUAUGAUCAGAGACGUACCCCAUCAGAAGCAGCUCUCACUAGCAGCCUGGAGGGGAGACCUCUGCUGUCUACAGGACCUGAUGGCCCAGGCAGACUUGUUGGAGUUAAAUAAACAGAACAGAGAUGGACUGACCCCACUGAUGCUGGCUGUAAGGGAUGUGGAUCUGUUUGAAGGAUUUGAGACGCCAUGGGAAUAUCAACCUGUGGAAGUGGUGAAGGAACUUAUGUCUUUUCCAGUGUAAGGAAACAAAUUUUCAACUUAAUUUUGUCAAUCCCUUCCUGAAUUUGCAAUGGAAAUGCAAAAUAUAAACAACAAAUAG